UGCUUGUUUCAUCUCAUCCCAAGACGCAAUUCAAUUCCCAUGCCAUGACUUCCUCUUUACCUCUCCCUUCAAACCCUCCUCUCACUCCUCUCAACCACAGACCCCGCACUCGCCUUCCUUUCACUCUUAAUCUCACUCCAACCCCCAAAUUCCACAUCUCUGCCACUUCUUCAUCUUCCAAUUGGGAGAGAGAAGAGGCUCGGUGGCUCCGAGAAGAACAACGCUGGCUCCGAGAAGAGCAGCGAUGGUUGCGAGAAGAGUCUCGCUGGACCACCGAACGCCAAUCCCUGCUCCGAGAGAUUUCCGAGCUCAAAUUCCGAGUCCAGCAACUGGAGCACCAGAGUUCGGUGUCCGCAUCCAUUCCCGACAUCGCUGCGCUGUUGCAGCUGCGCAAGGAUUCCGCGGAAGUGGCUAGGAUCGCGGAGAGCGGGUCGAGUGCGCUUCCUAUGGUUUUGGAGUCGAAGGAGGUGAAGGAGGAGAAAGUUGGAGACAAGAAAAAGAGGAAGACGUUGAGGGUAGGUUCUGAAGGAGAAGAGGUUCGGGCAAUGCAGGAAGCACUUCAAAAUUUGGGAUUUUAUUCUGGUGAGGAAGAUGUGGAAUUUUCCAGCUUCUCAAGUGGGACUGAGCGAGCUGUAAAAACUUGGCAGGCAUCAUUAGGUGCUCCUGAGAAUGGCAUUAUGACUGCAGAACUCUUAGAAAGAUUAUUUAUGGAGCAACAUAUUGAAGCUGCUGGCUUGAAAAGAAACAUAGACCCAAAAGAAAAUGAUGCAUCUCCACCAAAGUUGCUUCUGUUGGUUAUUCAGGAGGGUGUAAAUGGCGCUCCAGUUGCUUCUGUAACAGAAAUAUCAGAAAUUCAGCAAAAAGUUCUAAAGGAAGAAGGAUUCACAGAAGUUGAGGUAUCUCAACAGCGUGUUUUUCUUCUUGGAGAGAACCGGUGGGAAGAACCCUCUAGGCUUGUUGGCAGGGACAAAAAGGGUGGUGGAAACAAGCCCAAGGAUGCUACAACAAAGUGUCUGACUUGUCGUGGGGAGGGCCGAUUAAUGUGUACAGAAUGUGAUGGAACUGGUGAGCCAAACAUCGAACCACAGUUUUGUGGUGCAGUUUCUGGACUGGGUAGAUGAAGGGGUCAAGUGUCCAUACUGUGAAGGCCUUGGACAUACAAUAUGUGAUGUAUGUGAAGGAAAAACCACGAUAUAGGUGUAAGGCGCAGUUACUCAUACCUCGAUGUCUGUAUUAUAUAGUCAUUGAUUAUUUUACAGUCAUAGACAUAGGUAUGGUAAAAGAAAUGAGAUACACAACAAUUUUACAACAGAAUGGUCGUGGGCAUGUCGCCGAAAAUGUUCAUUUCUGAUAUGUGAAGCCACGGUCUAUUAAAGUCUUUCCACCACUUCCAGUCUUCAACCCGGCUUUACACUUCCGAAACUACACAAACAGUGGACCUUGUUUUCCAUUGUACCUGCGGCUCUCCAUUGCCCUAUUUGCUGAUAGGGGUAGAACUACCAGCACUGUCACAAAGCUUCCACCUGGCAGGUUUGGAGGAACUUAAGAUUAUUGUAGCUGACGGGAGUGGAUGGCUCAGGCCAGAGAUGGACAUUCUUGAUAACAUCGUGGGGGGGUGCUGGUUGCUGGUUGCAGGCUAUAGUGCAGUAGCCACUACCAUAACCUUCCUUAUACAACACACUGGAGAGGGACCCAACAUCCAGGAGACGAUCCUCAAAGUAAAUCCUCUUACGUGCUCCUUUAGCUUGGAUUGAAUUGGGUGUCCUCUUCCUCCUACGGAUCAACAGAAAAAAAAAAAAAAAAAAAAAAGAAGAUGAAAAAGGAUGGCCCAGUUAGUCCACCCCUCUGAUAAUCAAAUUAACCAUGGAAUGAAGUGAGAGGACAAUAGAUAAAAAAUGAAAUGUUUUCGUAUCUUUCUUUCCAAAACUGAGGCCUCUUUUUAUAAUUUCUUUUUGGUAGGUCGUUCAUGGAAAGGUAAUGAAAGAUGGUGUCGGCUAGUGUUAAAUGAUUUUGGUUACAUCCAUCUUGAAGGCUCUUCCCAUUAUGUGAUUGAUAUGAAAUAACCUUUAAGGUUUUGACCAUUAUGUGAUUCAGCCCUUUAUCAAAGGUCAAAUUCUACGACCUGCAAUA